GGUUUUUUACUUCUUAAAAUCCAAUUCAAGAUGCCUGAAAAAGUCAAUCUCUUUUUUCUCUCUCUCUCUCUCUCUGUCUGCAAAUUCAAAUUCAGAUCUGAAGGAGAAAGCAUUCAAGAAAGGCAUUUGAUUCCCCAAAAGCGUCCUCUGGAAUUCGUAUCGGUUCUGUUGCUUCUUUCUUGAUUGGUGGAAAUUGAACAAUCUCAUUUCUCGAGGUUGCUUGCACACGUGUGACUAUACGGAACACGUGUGAGAGAUCUGAGCUUUCCAUUUAGCAAAAGACCUGGCCGUUUCACUUCUCAGCUGUGGCCAAGGGAUGGAUGAUUCCGAGAGCGUUCGGUCUUUGAAGCAGUUCCACAUCCCAGAUUAUAUACUUGUACCAGGAUCAGAUGCUAAUACCAUUUCUCAUGCACCAGAGUGCCCUGUGAUAGUGUUCAUCAACUCCAAAAGCGGUGGUCAGCUGGGUGGGGAUUUGCUGACAACGUAUCGUGGUCUCCUCAAUAAAACCCAGGUCUUUGAUUUGGGAGAAGAUGCUCCUGAUCAAGUGCUAACCAAGCUUUAUGGAAAUUUGGAGAAACUUAAGGCCUGUGGUGAUGAUUUAGCUUCUGAAAUAAUGAAGAGAUUGAGAAUAAUAGUUGCAGGUGGUGAUGGUACAGCAGGUUGGCUGCUUGGAGUAGUGAGUGAUCUCAAACUAGCUCACCCCCCUCCAAUUGCUACAGUGCCCUUGGGAACUGGAAACAACCUUCCUUUUUCAUUUGGCUGGGGGAAGAAAAAUCCUGGCACGGAUCGUCUUUCAGUUAUGUUGUUUCUGGAUCAAGUGAAGAAAGCAAAGGAGAUGGAAAUAGACAGCUGGCAUAUUCUCAUGAGGAUGAAAGCUCCCACAGAAGGCUCAUGUGAUCCAAUUGCACCUCUAGAACUACCACAUUCUUUGCAUGCAUUUCAUCGCGUAUCGAGCACAGACUCACUGAACAAGGAAGGUUACCACACAUUUCGUGGUGGAUUCUGGAACUACUUCAGCAUGGGAAUGGAUGCACAAGUAUCAUAUGCAUUUCAUUCUGAGCGGAAGUUGCAUCCAGAAAGAUUCAAAAACCAGUUGGUUAAUCAGAGUACCUAUGCUAUGCUUGGAUGUACACAAGGAUGGUUUUGUGCUUCUCUCUUUCAUCCUUCUUCAAGGAACAUCGCACAGCUUGCAAAGGUUAAGAUCAUGAAAAGACAGGGUCAUUGGGAGGACCUCCAAUUACACCGCAGCAUCAGAUCAAUUGUUUGUCUCAACUUGCCUAGCUUUUCCGGUGGAUUAAACCCUUGGGGAACACCAAACCAGCGGAAAGAACGGGAUAGGGACUUGACUGAGCCAUUUGUAGAUGACGGUCUUCUUGAGGUUGUGGGCUUUAGAGAUGCUUGGCAUGGGCUUGUUUUGCUUGCACCCAGAGGACAUGGGACCCGCCUUGCACAGGCUCACCGAAUCCGCUUUGAGUUCCACAAAGGAGCAGCUGACCAUACAUUCAUGAGAAUCGAUGGAGAACCAUGGAAACAACCUCUCCCUGUCAACGACGACACUGUCGUGGUCGAGAUCUCUCAUCUUGGUCAAGUCAAAAUGCUCGCCACCCACGACUGCAGAUCCCAAAGUGUCAAAAAUCCCAAGCCACGUCCAUCUACUCCUCACCACGAUGAGGAAGACGAGGACAGUAAUGAAGACUCCGACGAGGACUCUGAAACAAGGAGAAAGUUUGGUGCAGCAGAUACAUUCAAACUCCCAGACGGUAUUGAUAUUAGUAAUCUUAGUUAAGCUCCUUGGAAGUUGUUGGAAUCAAGUGCCGGAAUAUAGCACCAACUGAUCCAUCAUGGGAUGCAUUGACAUGUGUGGCCCACUAUCUGCUAAAAGUCAGUUGAUGGGACACAUGCCCCACAUCCCAUCGCUGUCUGAUCAUGGAUCAUGUGUUGAAGUACAAGCUAAUGUGAAUAAAUUUUAGGAUGAUUAUUUCAUACUCUGGCAAGCUCCUGGCAUUGAAUUUGCACGCGUAUGUCAGAUAACACUAACAUUCUACCAUAGCUUCAAGCCUGUUCUCUUCUAUCCAAA